GUUUUUUUUUGGCCAUUCUGAUUGGUCUUUUCAGCCUCUAAAGACAAAGGUCAUGAGAAGGGAAAGCUAUUACUAUUAAACUAUCCUCAGACCAGGAGACAUCAGGGCAGGAGCUGGAAUAUCAAGACUUCAGAUCUUUGUAGGCAACAAUGAAGACGAUCAUGCUGUGCAUGAUACUCCUCCUGGUGCUUCAUAUUCAGCCAACAGUCUCCCAGAUGGCGCAGUGCUAUGCUAACUUUUCUCUGACUGAUGGAACCUGCAGUGAUGUUUUGGGAGAAGUGACAAUUGACGACUGCUGUAUGAACCCUAAGUAUGCUUAUCAGGAAGGUGGAGUUUGCAAGUCCUGUAGAUUUGCUCAAUGGACUGAAUGGUCUGCUUGGAGCGAGUGCUCAGUGAGUUGUAAGGAUGGAGUGCAGCAGAGACGACGUGCUUGCUAUGGCUUUGGGAGGUGCCAAGAUCUUUCCAGGAAAGGGAGCGUCCAAACUAAACCAUGUGUAGACAGGGUCUGCUGUCCAGAAAAUGGAGGAUGGACAGAGUGGAGCUCAUGGUUUCCAUGUUCUGUUACAUGUGAAAGCGGAAUCAAAAAGAGGAACAGGAAGUGCACCGAACCCCCUCCCAAAUGUGGUGGCUCUUGUCUUGGCGACAGUGAAGAAACUAUACGUUGUGACACAGGGAUCGUCUGCCCAAUUCAUGGCAGCUGGUCUUUAUGGGGUAGCUGGGGUCCUUGUAUGGGAACAUGUCAGGAUGAGGGCUUCCCACCCCCUGAACAGCAGCGCCAUAGGACCUGUACAAACCCUCCGCCAUCUGUGGUGCCACGUGGCAACAACUGCCCAGGUUCCAACACAGACAGCCAGCCCUGCACAGGAUUACCUUUCUGUCCAGUGAAUGGAAACUGGGGAAACUGGGGCUCUCCCUCGCCAUGCUCUGUGACAUGUGGAGUGGGGCGACAAAUGCAACGUCGAAAAUGCGACAAUCCUGCACCAAAAUAUGGUGGCCAGCAGUGCCAAGGGGACGACACCAGAAUUACACUCUGCACUACUGAUAAAUACUGCCCAUUUGAUGGUCAUUGGAGUGAGUGGGGUCAAUGGUCUCAGUGUAAAUCACCCAAUGAAAGAACAAUUAAUUGUAAGAACAGACAGGGAUAUCGGAGGAGAGAACGAGAUUGUUUAGGCAGGUACCACGAGGGGCAGUACUGUCCUGGGGAAGGUGUGGAACACACAACCUGCUAUGACAUUGACAGAUGCGAUGAUUUAACUGGCUCCUGGUCAGAAUGGAGUAGCUGGAGUUUGUGUAAACCUGACUGUGGAAAGAAUUCUGUUCAGAUGAGAAAGAAGGAGUGCGUGCCAGACCUCUCAAAAUACAGAGACAAGAACCUUGAGAUUUUUUCAGGAAUCCCUGAUAUCAACUGUCCACCUUCAGACACAGAAGAGACUAGAGCAUGUUUCAAUCUUCCUGAUUGCUAGAGGAAGUACAAGCUCAUUUGAUGACUGCCAUUGAUGCGAUUUGAAGUAUUAAAUGAAGCUUUUUCACAGUGUUUCUAUGUCAGCGGCUUGUGGCUUCUGUCUUGCUUCAUUUCAGUCAUCUCUAAAGUACGCCCAAAACUCUGCAACCCUAAAAGAAGACAAUGCGUCAACACAGAUCAGUGGUAACUAGUUAUAUCUACUCAGUUACAUGUACUUAAAUAACAUUUUGUUGGAUUUUAACUUUACUAGUGAGUAUUUUCAAAUGAUACGGCAACUUCUAUUCAGCUGUAUUUAAAAAAUGAACUGUUACGGUUAUAUUUUAGACAUCUAACAUCUACUUACCAUUUUCUUUUUUAGUUUUGUUAUGUAAUAUUGGUGACUGAAUCUGUAUUGUACUGAGACUGGUCACACCUAUCGCUAUCAUUUAGGCCAGGCCUAUUUAAUUAAAAUUCAAUAAGGUUCAGUUAGAGAAAAUUUCUUCAAGCAAAGGUCCGAAACAUCAUAAUGUCUAACUUUCAUCAUGAUUUAGUGCUGUAUACUGUAUACUGAAUUAGCCUAGUAGUUAUAUCAACAUCUUAUGUAGUCAACAACUGAAUGUCAAAUCAAAUACAGUACAAUUCAGUAAUAUUUCAACAAUAUUUAUUGUCAGUUUUCUCUUUUAAGAGCACGCAAUGUGAAAUAACCUCCCUCUGACUCACUUUCUUCUCCGACUGCUGAUUCUCACCUCGUUCCUCCCAUUUCUACUUAGUUUAUCAGUUAUAGGUACAGGUCUGCAUAGGAUCGCGGUCCGCCUAUUCGUGACCUCUGAUUUAGGCUAUCAUUGUGAGGUUUAUCAUUUUAUUUUAGACCAAGAAUGCACCAAAAAGAGAAAAAUAUUACCUAACAAACUUCAGUUCCUCUGAUGGUAGAUGCAGGAUGUACUAAGAUGUUCCACUGCAGUUCUACAAGUUACUCUUUUUACUUGCAACUUUCCUGCUUCUACGCAAGACGCUUAUUGUAAAAAUACUUCUACUUCUGCUUAACUUGUUAUUUCAGUAAAGUACUUUUAUUGCUGGUUAGAUAAAGUCUGAAUUUGAAAUAGAAAUAAAUUACAUUUGCUGGCAGUUAGAGCUCUCUUAAAAGAAGCCAGGAUACCUUAAAUGAAUAAAAUGCAUAUAUUCAUCUCAGAAUGCUUUUUGAAUAAAAUGUUGUUGCAGGAAAGAGCCACAUCUCAUUUGUCAUUCAUAAAUGCUGACAUGUAACCAGCAGUCUUGAUAAAACCAAGUUUUCCAGUAAA